AUGGGGUCCGGGCCUGCCCAGGGUUUGCUGUUCCUCCUCGUCCUCGGAGCCUCCUCCUUGAUUCUGGCACAAAAUUUCUAUUGUCACAAGGGUGAAUUCAUGAGCUUAGAGAAGGAUCCAAACGCGUUUAACUGGACCACAGAGAAAGUUGAGACUUGUGACAAUGGGGCGCUUUGCCACGAGUCCGUGCUGAUCGUUAAAGCAGGGACCAGGACGGCAGUGCUGGCCUCGAAGGGCUGCAUCGCGGACGUGACGGAGGCGACCACGUUCGUCCAGCACGCCCCGCCGCCCGGCAUCAUGGUGAUCUCCUCCAGCCGCUACUGCCAGAGCUCCCAGUGCAACGGCAGGGCGAGCUUACCCGAGAUAUGGACGCAGAAUAUCCCAGCUGCCACUUGGUCAGAAACCCUCCACUGCCCAACCUGUGUGGCUUUCGGAACCUGUCCGAAUGCGCCGUAUCUCCCCUGUCCCAAUGAUACAAAUCGAUGCUAUCAUGGAAGAUUUCAGGUCACUGGAGAAGACAUUGACUCAACUUUGGAGAUCAAAGGCUGUACGUCUAUAACUGGUUGCAGGUUGAUGUCUGGAGUCUUCACAAUAGGACCCAUGAUAGUAACAGAAAUAUGUCCAUACCAAUCUCUCACUGAACUCCGAAGUGUUGAAAAUGGAGCCAGCUGGCUCCCCAUUUCAGUUGGGAAGCUAGAGCUGCUGCUGCUGCUGUUGCUGAAAUUGCUUAUCUGUUGUUCCUGA